ACAUAUUAAUAAAAAAUAAUUGUUUUCCGUAUUUAAGAUAACACACUUUACAAUGUUAGGUGUAAUCUUCAUUUAUAGUUAAAUGUUAUUUGUUACUUAAAUACGAAUUACCGACAUAAUGUAUUCAAAAUGUAUUGUUGGCAUCAUCUUCACAAUGAUGGCAUAUUGCGAACGUGAUUUUAAACAAGUAAAUUGUUUUUAUGUGCACAACAAUUUUUAAUUAAAACAGGAAGAACAGAACAAGAAGUUUAUCGUCUUGGCUAAUAAAAUUCCAUCGUUGGCAAAUUAUCCGGUAAUAUUUUCAGACAACGAGAUAAAUACAUUUUUGUACAACAUAGAACACGACCCUUCUUUUUAUUUUCCCAAUAAUACGAGGAUCGGGAAAAAAAUUUCAGAACUAAGAUGUGCAUAUUCGUUAGUAUUUCUUCAUGUGCUCUAUUACAUACAACAUGCGGUUUUGCUAAACCAGAUAAACGAACCGACAAUGCAACUACACCGAGAAUACGUGCACAGAAUGUUGUCGGUUCUGAUUUUUGUGAAAGCCCGAGUGCCUUUAUGCAUUUGGUUUGUAUCCAUUUCGUUAGAUGCGAUAAGUGGCAAUCGACUUAACAUAAACGAGUUGAAUAUUGUACACUUCAUUUACUUAAACUACGAUUAUUGUGUUCUGUGCCAAAGACGAAACAACUUGCAGCACGUAAAUGUCCCUACGGAUUAUCACAACCAAGAAGGUAUGGCGUAUUGUGUCGGCUAUAUUAAAUCUGUUAUCAACUAUCUGAAGCUAACCAAAGACAGCGAAGUGAACGAACUGUUUAUCUACGAAAACUCAUCGAACAUGUACGAGUUCGUUUGGGACGAGCACCACGACUACAGAAAGAUCAUUCCGCAGAGAAGAUUAUUUCCUUUUUACAACGACAGUAUUGUCGAGCAAAGCUACGUCGCAGUGAAAAAUUCUUGGAGUAAAAAUUAUUUCAUAAUACUGACAUACGCCGACGCUAUCAAACAAAAUGCACUAUUGGUAGUGUACUAUUCGAUAGUCCGUCAUUUGUACUAUGUAAAAAAAAUGUGGUUUAUCAUAUUUGCAUGGCAUACUUGUUUCGAUUCGGAUUCGGAAAAUUGUAGAAUUUUAAUAGAGAUCCGUGCGAAUUUUUUAGCAAUGCCGUUGAGUACGUUCAAAGAGAUGGUCUGUUAUAUCGCCCACGAACACUUCUGUCAUGUAAAAGAUAUUAUUGCGUUUUUGAGUUCAUACCGGAAUGUGACUAAAGAGAGACUCGACGCUAUGUUAACCUCGACGUUACGCCAGUACAAUUACUAUGGGAAAAUGUACGGACUAGAAGCAGAAUUAGUAGAAUCUAGUCUAAGACAAGUGGUCGAAAUUCCGAAAACGUGUAAUUUAGAAACGAUCCAAGAAGACUUGCGGAAAAUAUGUAACGAUAUGGACGAGUAUUUUAAAGAAUUAAAGGACGCCACAUCGCCUUUGUAUUGGCCAAUUAUACAAAUGUUCUCUACUAGCAAAAGAAAAAUUCCAUGCUGGUAG